UUGGUCAACCAGGAAGUGAACCUGCAUUUCCCUGUUAAAUGACAGUUAAGUAGAGUUCGUGUUGAAGUAUCGAUUGUGGGACUCUGUUGUUUAACAUUUCACUAAACGCCAAGCGCUUGUGGUCCAGACUGGCGAGUGAGCGAGACGAUCACACGCGCGCUCUCCGUGACGUCUCUCCGGCCGUCAGAGUGAAGCAGCUGUCGCCAGCAUGGGCGCCUUCACCUGAAGCUGCUGGCCGCUGCUGGGAAGCCUCGCACUUCCGGGUAACCUGCCGCCUCCGCUCCUGUCCCUCCUGAGCUCAGUCAUGACGUCCUCCGCCAGGAAGAAGAAGCAGGUUCGCUUCGCCAGCAUGGAGGACGAGGAGCAGGAGGAGGACACGCUGUUCGACCAGCGGAAGGACGCCAGCAGGGCCGGCCUCAAGAGCGUGCUGAAGGCCGCCAAGAGGCGCGCGAGCCCCGGCGGCGAGGCGCCGGAGGAGGCGGCGGCGGCGGCUGGAGCCGGCGGCGGCAGCUGCGCUCGCUGGAUGGUCACGCUGGUGCUUUGUGCGUCCUUCCUGGGGCUGGGGAUGAGCAUUUCGGUUCUGGGUCCCACGUUUGAGGAUUUGGCUCUGAACGUGAAGAAGAACAUCAGCAACAUCUCCUACAUCUUCGUGGGCCGCUCGGGAGGCUACAUGGCCGGCUCGCUCAUCGGGGGGAUCCUCUUCGACUGCAUGAACCCGCACCUGCUGCUGGGACUGUCGCUGGUCAUCACAGCGGUGGGAAUGUGCGCCAUUCCCUUCUGCAAGGAGGCCGCGGUGCUGACCGCUCUCAUGUCCAGCAUCGGGAUCUCCAUGGGGGUUCUGGACACUGGGGGGAACGUGCUGAUCCUCAACACGUGGGGCGACCAGGCCGGACCCCACAUGCAGGCGCUGCACUUCAGCUUCGCAGUGGGAGCCUUUGCUUCCCCCAUCAUCGCCAAGCUUCUGUUCGGCUCGGCCAUCGGCAACAUCACCGGCAACUCGUCCGCUCCGCUCGGCAAAGCGGCCGAGGAUCACAUGACCGUGCGCUACAUGCGAGGCGGCCACCUCAAGUCCAUGUGGGCCUACGUGGUGAUCGGCUCCUUCGUCUUCGUCGUCGCCCUGCAGUUCUUCGUCUUGUGGCUGCGAGGGAGCUUCUCUCGUGACGUCACCCGCUCGGCCACCUCCAAGCCCCUGGUGGCCAAACACCACACGGCGCUGGUCGUCCUGCUCUUCUUCUUCUUCUUCGCCUACGUCGGUGCCGAGGUGGCGUACGGUUCCUUCAUCUUCACCUUCGCUAAAGACUACGCCGGCAUGGAUCAGAGCCAGGCUGCCGGGCUCAACUCCCUCUUCUGGGGGACGUUCGCCGCCUGCCGCGGCCUCGCCAUCUUCUUCGCCACCUGCAUGUUCCCCGGCACCAUGAUCCUGCUCAGCCUGGUGGCCUCCACCGUCUCCUCCACGCUCCUCUGCCUCUUCAGCAGAGAGAGGGCCGCGCUGUGGGCCUGCACGGCGCUCUACGGCGCCUCCAUGGCCACCAUCUUCCCCAGCGGCAUCUCCUGGUUGGAGCAGUACACCACGGUGACGGGCCACACGGCGGCGGCCUUCGUGGUGGGAGCGGGGCUGGGGGAGAUGGUGCUGCCCGCCUUCCUGGGAUUCCUGUGGGGGAAGACCCACAAGCAGCCGCUGCUCAUGCAGCUGUCGCUCCUGACCGCCACCUUCACCUCCAUCCUCUUCCCCGUCAUGUACAAGCUCGCCGCGCCCGGCGCCCUCAGCCGCAAGCCGCUGGUCAGGAGCGGACGGGAGGCGGACGACAGCGAGUUUCGCCAGGCACUGCUGGACACCAGAGCCAACGACGACGAGGAGGAGGAGAACGAGGCCGACCAGUGGAACGACGCCGACUUCGAGGUCAUCGAAAUGGAUGACACCGUCAGUCCCACAAGUUCUCCCAACAAAAUAGCGAGUCCAGCCGAGGCCCCACUGCUGCUGCCGCCGCCGGCGGUCUCCUUCUCGGACUCGCCCCGCCGCAAACUGCUGCUGGCGCUGGACCGAGAGAAGAAAGACUGAGCCCUCCCUUGCUCCUACAUGUGAAUGAAGAUGAAGCUUCAUGAAGUUCAGCUCAUGAAAGACCUUUUAUAAAGAGCCCGCUCACCUGUGCCCAAUGACAGAAGUGGACUUGGCUGUCGUCACGCUCUCAUCGGUCCACAACCUCACAGGAAGUUGUUAAAUCUGCCUUCUCAUCGUAUGCCUCGCCCCCAACCUGUGCACGUCAGAGAAACAUCCUACAUCCUUCAUCCGAACUCGGGUCAGAGACCCUUGUCGAUCCCAUUCUGGACAUCGUGUCCGGCCUCCUGUUUGUCUUUCAAAGCAAAACUGUACAUGAAGUGUCUGCAGAUUCUGCCAAAAAGCCAAACUGGAUUUUACAAUAAGCAUUGCAAAGUGUGACUGUUCAAACUGCCGCAGUAGCUUUUUGAUUGUUUUGGAUUCGAUAAACGCCACCUGCUGGCUGGAGGAAGUUUUCUCCGGUGACUGAUGUUCAUGGUGCGGACAAACGCGUUGACUUUUGCACUAUAGUGUCGGUAGAAACAGGAUGUGAGCGCUUGAACUUCCUGUUUGUGUCAUGUAUAAAAUAUCAUCACUGUGAUCCAUCGACAUUAAACCAGAAAUAUGUUUCAACAGCGUUUUAAUAUCUCAAACUUGCACCCACAGCAAUAAAAACAACCAUCAACCUUUUUCAGUUUUUACAUUUUUUUACACAAAUUCUGCUUCGGCUGUCGGGGAAUCAAAGUUUUGUUUUAAAAACAACAUCAUAAACACACGAGGGAGUUGAAAGUCUUAAAUUAUCACAAAGUAUUGCAUCAGUCCCAGGUUUCAGCUCCAGUUCUCACCAUCUUUAGUGUCAAAUUCUGCCAAAAUGGACAAGUACAAUCAAGAGAACCGUGAAAAAGAAGGUUCGAUUGCAUCCGUGACUCGACAGGGAGAGACAGUAUUACAGUAUUUACACCAACCGAAGUCCACCGUCUGCAUCUGAACACUUACUGCGCUCUUCACUCGGCCAGAUGAUGGCGACACGGCGGCGAACAAGUGUGAAGACGAACACCAGCCCUAUGAGGGAGAUUGAGGGGGGGGUCCAGUGCUGCCCCCCCGUGGCAGAACAAACACUUGUAUAACAAAUAACAGU